GCUUAAAGGUACGUUGAGGUAACAGAGAAACCAGACAUACGAAACUAAACCGAAGCUUGGUCGCCUUGGAAAGCACUUGGAUCGAUUGUUACUAGUUAUACUCAGGUAGCAGUGCUGCUGCGUUUAUCCAAGUAACCGAAACGCCGGAUCUGAACUUUUACAAGAGAGUUGGGUGGGGAACUGGGAACGUAGUGUGCAAAAUAAGCCAUUUGGGGGUAUUCCAAUUUUCUAGUUUUUAACAUCAUAAGAAAAAAACAAUAUGGCUUAUAUACUGCAUAAUGCUUUGGAUUUGUACAACAAGACUAUGGAAAAUGGCGACCGUCGAGUCCAGGAAUGGCCACUAAUGCAAAGCCCAGGACCCACCAUCACCAUUUGUCUCUCUUAUGUUUACUUUGUUAAAGUUUUAGGGCCAGCAAUUAUGAAGAAUAGAGAACCUUUGAACAUGCGCUGGCUGAUGGUGGCAUACAAUUUUUUUAUGGUUUACGUCAGUGUUUACAUCUUUCUUAGGCUUGGUUUCCUUGGUUGGUUUGGAAAAUUCAAUUAUAAAUGUCAGCCUGUGGACUAUUCUGAUAGUCCUGAUGCAACUGAGAUGGCUCACCUGGCCUGGUGGUAUUAUAUAUCAAAGUUUGUAGAAUUCACUGAUACUAUUUUCUUUGUAUUACGCAAAAAAUUCAGUCAUGUAUCAACUUUGCAUGUUAUACAUCAUGGAGUCAUGCCAAUGAGUGUGUGGUGGGGUGUUAAAUUUACCCCAGGUGGUCAUAGCACAUUUUUUGCUUUUGUCAACAGUUUUGUACAUAUUCUCAUGUACAUAUACUAUGGUGUAGCUGCUAUUGGUCCACACAUGUACAAGUAUUUAUGGUGGAAGAAGUAUAUGACUGCAAUUCAAAUGGUACAGUUCAUCAUGAUUUUUGUGCACUCUUUUCAACUCUUGUUCCGUGAAUGUGACUAUCCAAAGGGUUUCAUGUGGUGGAUUGGCUUCCAUGCUGUUCUCUUCUGGUUUCUUUUCUGGGAUUUCUACAAGAAUGCUUAUGGCAAAUCAAAGAAAAAGAAUGUUCCUGUUCUUCAUGGAACCAAACAUGUGGCAAAUGGCAAUGUUAAUGGCUCAGUCAAAGCAAAUGGCAUUCAUCAAAAUGGCAACAUUCAGACAAAUGGCCUUCACAAAAGACAUGAAAACAGCAGUAAUGGGGUCAACAUAGAAGAAAAGAACUCUUGGAAAAAUGAUUGAUUCCACAAUAACUAAUACAUUAUGUACUUAUACUUGUGUACAUUUUAUCAAAUUAUGGUAUUUUGGUAACAAAGAUGAGGAAGAUAGUUCUUUUGAUUAGUUAAAAUUGUUAUUGUGAGAAAAUGUACUUAUUUUAUGAUUAUGAAAUGGUAAAGAAAAACACUACGAAGGGAUAGUUAUUCAGGGUGCUGGUCUUCACAUGAAUUUUAAAAUACCUACCAUUGUAGACAAGUGACAGAAUUGCUUGUCGGCUCUAUAACACUUCUCAAUCAUCAGCAGAAUAUUAGAAAACCAUAAUAUGUAUAUCACCCAUAAGUACAUAUAAUUUUUUUCCAUUGCACCAUUAGUUUCAUUGAAAAACAAGAACUUCAACUAUAUUAACAGGUUUGCUCAAGCAUUAACUAGUAUUUUUCAUCAGUAGUACAUCCUUAAUUAGGGUACUCAUUGGGACAACAAAUGUAAACAUAUAUAUUUUAUUUUUCCUCCUUUCUUGCAGUAGGGUGUCAUUCCCAAGUUGUUUAGAGAUUUUUUAUAUAGACCCAUUAAUCUUAUUUCACUUUAUGCUGGAACAUAUAGUAUUAUCCUGAAAGUGGUACUUAGUGAUUUAGAAAUUCAGGUUUUGUGAAACUUUUGUUUUCUAGAAUUUAUUUAUACAUGUUGUACCUAUCUUUGUUUUUAUUGAGAUUUUUAAGUGUAUCUCUGAUCAGGGCUGGCCUUAGUCUGUGUGGGGCCCUAGGUGGUGGUGAACUGCUAGAUGGCAGUGUUAAUUACUUAUGAAUGGUUUGGACAUUUAAUUCAAAGAGGAAGUUGUUUGUAGUCUACAGAAAAAAAAAAAGCAAUGCCAUUUUUAAAAAUUGAGAUCCAAUACAUAGUUUUAGACAUUUACAAGUUAACUCCCAAUCAUUAUCAAAUCCUUAUUUCAUUAUAUAUCCUUAAUUACCUAAUAACAUAAGUUAUAGAGGGAUUUUUCUAGCUUUACUGGCAGUAAAAUCCUUUAUCAAGUCUGAGUAUUCUAAGUUCUUGGCAACUUUGCUUUCAGUGGAGAGUAUUAUUCUUUAGUAUACUCCAUUGCUAAGUUUAAACUGUGGCAUGUACAGAGGAUAAAGAAUGCCCUUUGGUUAAUGUUUUUAAUUUGGACUUGUACACCUGAUUUAUGUCCCUUCAUGUUCAGCCCAUUUUCAUAUCUUUGACCUUGUAUUUUAUCAAUUUCAAGUGGAAAGGCCAAAAGUUUAGUAUGCAAAACAGAAGCUAAAGGCUCACCCAUGCUUACUUCUUUGUCAGUGAAUGUUAUGAAGCAUUCUUAAAUUUCAAUUGGUACAUCUGGGGACUCCACUGCUUUUAACAAAUCUGUCAGUGACAGUUGCUUCUGGUGACUGAUCUGAUGAGCAAUCCAUUAUGGCUGAAUAAUACUUAUUUUUCUUAAUCCAGUUAGCUUUUGAACAUCACAAUUUACUUCCCAUGCUUUUUAUCAGUUUUUUUCCUAUGUAUGAUUCAUCAGUCUCAUUGCUAAUUAUCAUUCUGAUAUGCUCUUUCAUAAAAGGGUUGAAUGUGCCCAGCCAACAUUUCAAUCAGACCCAAAAAACUUCAUUAUGUGGCUCAUACAUCUAUGUUUUGCUUUGAGGGAAAUUCAGUAAUUGCAAGAAGGCACUAGAAAACACGAUUCCUUCUUUUCACUGUUAAUGAAUCUUUCCAUUGUUUUUCCGGCAAUGCGAGUUGUUUCUGAAGUCAUCCCAUUUUUAAUACAUUCUAUAUGAUGUUGUUGAAAGGUUGUGCUCACUAACAUUUUUCCAAUAAAAAAAACCAUCACAUUCUAAUACAUACUGUCUGUAUGUGCAGCUCUGUUUAAAGAAGUUGCAACAAAAACAGAAUAUAUGGUUACUGCUUACAGAAUACACAGGCCAUCAGUGAAUCAAUAGCUUACCAUUUCAGAGCUUUCUCUUUCUGUGGAUUUUGGAAAAAUGUCACCAACUUCUAUCCAGUGGAUAUUUGUAAUUUUGUAGAUAUGCCGGGUUUUUUUCUACCAAAGUUUUCAUCUGUAUGGUGUUUGUGGCCACAUUGCUGGAUUGGUUUAAUCUGUUAAAGGCACUUUUUAAAAUACCUUGUCUUCAUGCUGAUUGUCCUGUUACUGUAACGUUACAGAACUAUCUUCACUUCAUACUUCUAAUGAAAAGGCUGGUUGUUGCUGUAAGUCUUCAUUUGAUUGUGAAAACUUUUAUUCAUUUACGUCCUGAAACAGAUCUUUAAUUGGCAGCAUUGUUUAGAAAUACUGCAGCAAAGUUCCUUGUUGCUACUUGGCUUGUAUUUUUUCCUUCUUUUUAUCUGGACUCAUACUUGUAAAGUGGUAAUAUGAUAUGUGUAAUAAACAAGCCUAAUCCUGUGGCUUUCACUAAAAUCUGAGAUUGUUUCAAGUCUCAUGCUAUCAUGUAUACACAACUUUUAGUGACUUCUGGGAGAGAAAAAAGUCUCAAGAUCCGAGUUAUGAACCAAAGCCAUUUGAAAUCAGCCUUUGGUUCACAACACAGGUCCUAUGUCUUUUUCUUUUUUCAAGAACAUCACUAAAAAUUGUCAGGCUCAAUACUUUUUUUAGUGACAGGCAUAAUCACACAGCAGUUCUGAGUGUAGCAUGGGGGCCCUAUGCAGGUGCCUUACCCUAAGGCUGGCCCUCUUUUUGAUGUUAUAAAAAUUAGUCUUCUAAGUCUUUUUCUGAUUUAGCCCUUUUUUAUUCAUUGAAGCAUACAAGAAAAAAUAUCUGAAAAUACAUUUUUUUAUUGCGUGAUUUGACAUUACCCAACAGUUUUAACAGUGUGUUUUGUUAAGUUUAUUCUUAGCUAGAUUUCACUGUUAUCUUUGCUUAGUUUAGAUUGUAAAGUUCCUUGACAGUUCAACAAGUCAACUUUUUAAAAAAACGUUAGAGACAAGAUCUGAAAUUACCAGUUCUUGAAGCACAAGAUUGGUGCCUUAACACCAUCUAGGCAUAGUAACUGAUUAGAAUUAGGAAGAUUGCAUUUUACUGUUCUUAAUGUUUCCUUAACUUUGGACUGACAAAUAUUGGAAAAGUAAUUAAUGAGAAAUAAUCAUGAACAGGUUAAUUUUGAUUUAAAAAUUUAUAUAAUUUAAUGAAACUUCAAUAGUUUUUUUACCUUUUUCAUUUUGAUGUGUGUAUGUUUGUGUGUAUAUGUGUGUGUGUGUGUGUGUGUAUGUAGCUUCAUUAUUUAAACCUUGUUUAAUAAAAAGUAACCAUACAGAAUUCAGUCCCUUGUGUUCAAUAUGAGAUGCAUUAUUUAUUUGGGCAUUUAAAAAUACUGCAUGUGGAGAUAACUGCCAAUUCUGUAAGGGCUGUUUUAGACAAGUGAAAAUCUACUUAUUGUAUAAAACCUAGGGACCAACUGAAAUACAACUCUAAUUCUUACUCUUGCUUGUAAGCUUCUUGUACCUGGUUCCAAAAAUAAUGAAGUGGUAUUUGAUUCAACAUUGGAAACCAUAUUUCUACAGUAUAUGGUUCUGUUUAAUUAUGGGAAAGGGAGGGACAAAAUUCAAGAGAUUAAUUGGACUUGUGAAUGUUUGUAUGAUUAACAAUGUAGAAGCCAUAUUUUGGCAUGCUUGAUCAAAUAAAGAUUAUAUCAUGAUGUCAAAACACAAAA